AUAAAUGAUACAGAGCAGCCUUCGUGUCAGCCAUGGAGAGCAAACAACAGAGAAAUAUUUGCCAUUUGGCCAUGGUCUAUUUUCUCCUGAGUUCAACUUCACCUGCUGCAGAUGGUCAGAUCAGAUUAACUGGGUCUGGGUCUACUCGGUGCUCUGGAAGAGUUGAAAUCUAUUACAACAACACCUGGGGAACAGUCUGUGAUGAUGGUUGGGACUUAAACGAUACUGAGGUUGUUUGCAGAGAGUUGGGCUGUGGUGCGGCACUGAGUGCCCCUUAUUCAGCCCGCUUUGGUGAAGGAACCGGACAAAUCUGGCUUGAUGAGGUGGCCUGUUCAGGAAAUGAGAGUUCUGUAACUCUGUGUCAGCACAGUGGAUUUGGGACACACAACUGUAAACAUGGAGAGGAUGCAGGUGUGGUCUGUUCAGGUGUCAGAUUGGCUGGGUCUACUCCGUGCUCUGGGCGAGUUGAAAUAUAUUACAACAACAUCUGGGGAACAGUCUGUGAUGAUGAUUGGGACUUAAACGAUGCUGAGGUGGUUUGCAGAGAGUUGGGCUGUGGUACGGCACUGAGUGCCCCUCAAUCAGCCUACUUUGGUGAAGGAACCAGACAAAUCUGGCUUGAUGAUGUGGCCUGUUCAGGAAGUGAGAGGUCUGUAACUCUGUGUCAGCACAGAGGAUUUGGGACACACAACUGUAAACAUGGAGAGGAUGCUGGUGUGGUCUGUUCAGCACUCCUCCCAAAGCCCAGCAUCUCCAUGAAUCCUGCUGCUGAGGUUACCUGGGGUCAGAACGUCGGCAUCACUUGUUCUGUCUCAACUCAAACUCAACAGAUUUUAAGUCCAACAUUUAUUUUGAAAAAGGCUUCAAGUUCAGUUGGAGAGACCCAAAUGUCAAGUACCAACUCUGCUACCUUCAACAUGCCUGAAGUCAACUUUGACAACAAAGGAUCCUACCAGUGUCAGUAUAAGAUAACAGUUGCAGGUCAAGACUUCACCUCCUCAAGUGACUCUGUCAGCCUCUCUGUGAGCCUCCCGAAACCCAGCAUAUCCAUGAAUCCUGUUGGUGAGGUUACCUGGGGUCAAGACGUUGGCAUCACUUGUUUGAUCUCAACUCAGGUUUUAGGUGGGACAUUCAUCCUGCAGCACUCCUCAGGCUCAUCCAGAAAGACAGAAACUCGUACCAACUCUGCUACCUUCAACAUUGUCCAAGUGGACUUUCACGAUGAAGGAUCGUACCAGUGUCAGUAUCAGACAAGGAGUUCAAGUCAAGACUUCAUCUCACCCCAAAGUGACUUUGUCAGACUCUCUGUUUCUGUGCCGCUGCAGCAACCCAGCAUCUCCCUAACAUCUCCUAACAGGGGGCUGGUCUGGGGCCCUGAAGGUGCACAGAUCACCAGAGGUUUCAGCUUUGUCUUCACCUGCUCCACUUCCUCCCAUUAUCCUGGAGGUGUUUUCCAUCUCAUCUUCUCUGGUUCAAACCUCACCAACACAGAGCCAGUGGUCAACCAGUCAGCCUCCUUUUCCUUCCCGGUGGCUGAGUAUGAACACCGGGGCAACUACAGCUGUGUGUAUGAAGUCACACUGUCCUCGAGAAGAUUCACUUCUACACAGACAGCACCGAUUAGUGUCGUCAUUAAAAUGCAUUUGUUGCCGCUGGUCUUUUCGGUAGCUGCUGGGGGUCUGCUGCUGCUCCUGCUAGUCUUGGUGGUGGUCUGUCUGGUCUGCAAGAGAAGACGACGAGCCAAGCACACUGGAGCCCUCGUCCAAACUCAAUUGGCAGUCAGAGUCAGGAAUGAUUAUGAAGAUAACGAGUAUGAGGACGACGAGGCUGACUAUGAGAAUGUUGAUCCAAUGGACACCAAAAAGAAUCUCAAAGCGGAAGCAGGGAAAGGGGAGGAAGAGGAGACCAAUGAUUAUGUGGAGCCAGAGAGUGACGAAGAUCAUGAUUAUGAGGAAGCAGGCCCAAGUGCAAGUAUUAUAAAGACCAACAAGGUCUAUUUCAGCGUAGAGGAAAACAGUGAAGAAGAAGAAGAAGAAGAAGAAGAAGAAGAAGAAGAUGACUAUGUAAAUGUUGAUCCAAUGGACACCACGAAGAAUCUCAAAAAAGAAGCAGGGAAAGGGGAGGAAGAGGAGACUAAUGAUUAUGUGGAGCCAGAGAGCGACGAAGAUCAUGAUUAUGAGGAAGCGGGCCCAAGUGCAAGUAUUAUAAAGACCAACAAGAUCUAUUUCAGCGGGACUUGA